CGUCCCGGCCCGUCCCGCAGCCGGUCCCCGUCUCCCAGUCCCGGCGGUCGCCUGGUCGCGGGCCCCGGCCCUGCCGUCAUGAAGCGGGAGCCGCCCUCGACGCCCCCCGCGACCCCCGGCCCCGAGCCCCCCUCGCUGUGGAUCUUCGGCUACGGGUCCCUGGUGUGGAGGCCCGACUUCGCCUUCCGCAGCCGCCGCGUGGGCUUCGUGCGCGGCUACAGCCGUCGCUUCUGGCAGGGCGACACCUUCCACCGAGGCUGCGACAAGAGGCCCGGACGAGUGGUGACCCUCCUGGAGGACCGCGAGGGCUGCACGUGGGGCGUCGCCUACGAGGUGCGGGGCGAGCAGAUCGGCGCGGCCUUGCGGUACCUGAACGUGCGGGAGGCGGCGCUGGGCGGCUACGACACCAAGACGGUGGACUUCCACCCGCGGGACGCCCCGGACCGGCCCCUGCGGGCCCUGGCCUACGUGGCCACCCCGCGGAACCCCGGCUACCUGGGCCCGGCCCCCGCGGAGGACAUCGCCGGCCAGAUCCUGGCCUCCCGGGGCUGCUCGGGCCACAACCUGGAGUACCUGCUGCGGCUGGCGGACUUCGUGAGGCUGUGCGGGCCGCAGGCGCGGGACGAGCACCUGGCCGCCAUCGUGGACGCGGUGGGGGCCCUGCUGCCGCGCCUCCGCCCCCCCGGGACCGCCCCCGGCGCCGGCCUGAGCCCCCGGACGCCCCGCGCGGGGCCGGGACCGCGGAGGGUGGGCCGAGCGGGACUCGGCCGGACCCCGGCGCGCCGCCCCGUCCCCCCGGACGCCCGUGCGAUACGGACCGGCACCCGUCGCCUCCGCUCCUCCUCGCCCGUUGCCGGGCCGCCGCCCCGCGGGGGCCGUGACCUCCGGCCCGCUGCCGCGCCGGAGCCCGGGGCGGUUCCGGGGACCUGCGCCCGGCCCGGCCGGCGGGCGGUCGCUACCCGAGGGAGGGGGAGCCCGGUUCCGGCCGUCCGGGGGGGCGAGAGGGUCGGGGAGGACACCGGGGAGGACGCCGGGGCGGUCCCCGGAGGGCGCGUCUAG